GACUUCUCAGACACCAAACAACCCAACAGAGGCAAAUUCUUAAUCAACUUUAAUUAAAGGUCGAAUCUUAAAUCAUCCAAAUAGCUCGCCAACACCAGCUAAUAACGUAGUUAACUAUAUCCUUAAAGGGAUAUUAGCUAUAAUAUAUCGUAAUACUCUUCUAGAGGCUGAGAACAAAACCCUUCGGGAGGAGAAUAAUCUACUUAGCCGACGGCGGAGAUCUAAGAAAACUCGUCUUAGGCAAGGAGGGAGCCUUACUAUAGCUGAGGCAGAUGACCUUCAAUCACAGAAAGAGGCUAUAGCUCAGAUUAAGGAGGAAACGCGCCGGAGUAAUGGCCGUCGGCCGAGGACGGAAACAGGUCAACGGCGAUGUGGCGUCUGCGGGAACACUGGACAUAAUGCGCGCACAUGUCCAUUUCAGAAAGAAAUAUGUGGAGUGGUUGCUGUCGAGCGAUCCGCUUGCUUGUCCGAUCCGCUCGCUUAUCAUGCACGUUA